AUGUCAGAGCCCAGUAGUUCCUCCUCUGCGAAGCAAUUCGUGACCAGCACCUAUGACGAAACGGGCAGCGUGGUCACGAUCACAUUGAAAAAGGAGCCGGUGAAUUCGAUGUCGUUGAACUUGUGGAAGCAGUUACACGAAGCCGUUGCCGCGGCGAACGCGAGCCCCAAGGUUCGAGCCAUACUCUUCCAGAGCGGACUCACGAAAAAUGUAAGAAGAUGCUAUAAUUCGGCCAUUUUUCAUCUCCACCAUUAAAUUUGAAACAAACAGCACCCUCAACAUAGCUUGAGAAAAGAAGUCUCAACGAUGCAGACGCAGUACAUUUUUAGAAGAAGUGAAGACAUUGACAUCUCUCAUCACACACAGGUUUUCACCGCGGGUCUGGAGCUAAAGGAGCUCUAUCCGCCGACUACGACGCAAGAGCGGCACGCGGACUUUUGGCAAACGCUGACCAAGACGCUCGCCAUGGUGUACGGCAGUCCGAAGGCCACCAUUGCGUUGAUCAACGGCGCCUGUCCGGCGGGCGGCUGCGGCUUGAGUCUCUGCUGCGACCUGCGGAUAAUCACCGAGGACGGGUCCAUGGGGCUUAACGAGGUGCAAAUCGGCUUGUUGGUUCCGGAAUACUGGGCUAAACUGAUGGUGAAGGUGAUUGGUAACCGGAACGCGGAGCGGGUGCUCACGCCCGGGCUGAUGUGCAAAGUGCCCGAGUUGAAGGCGCUGGGAAUGAUCGAUCAGGUGGUCCCAAAACGGGAAGACCUACUCCCAGCAGCGAUGAAGGAGCUGCAGAAGAACUUUCUGAAACUUCCGCCAACAGGGUACGAACUAUUUACAUUUUGCACGUACAUGGUAGUUCAUUGGAUCACGUUGAUGAAUAUAUAAGGAUCCAUCGAUUUGUCGUAGUUCGGUUUGAGUUUGUACGAUGAAUCAACGCCUUGCUUCUGCACACUGCAGGUUCCGUCAACAAAAAGAGUUUUUCCGGCAGGAAUUUGCGAAGGAGUGGGCCGACAACGCAAAACGGGAGGGUGAUGUUGUGUGGGCAUGUAUCAACGAGAAACAGACCAUGAAAAUUCUGGGUAUGGUCAUGCAGAAACUCAGCGGUGGAAAGCCAGUUGCAAAACUGUGAGGAUAGCGUCAAGCAGGAGUUCCUCUUGCUUCGCCGGAAGUUCUUGAAACUGUAGAGUGGAAAUGUGUUGGCAUGA